AGUGGCUUUACAGAAGAAACUAGACUUCCUGCUGUGACUGCAUCUGCCACACAUUAGUCAUGCGGGGAAAAUAAUCACCACCAUCGUCUCAGUCAGUGUGCUCUGCUCUCACAGUCGUGGGGAUGCUUUCAGCUUUAAAAUACACAAUAAUCCAUCAGGGACCCACAGAAAAAUACUUACCUUGUAUUUGCCCUUAAUGAUGGCCUCAAAAAGGCGAUCCUUUGUGCCGUAGAAAGGCAGGCAGCCAGACAGAAGGAUGAAGAGGAUAACCCCACAACCCCACACGUCCACUGGUUUGCCAUAUGGCUCUCUCUUGACAACUUCUGGAGCCAUGAAGUGGGGAGUGCCAACACGACCUGAAAAGAGCAGCUUGGUGUGAGCUUUGAGAGGCCUUUGUAAAAGUGACAGGUCAAAGGAGAAAGAAGUUUACGAUGUAAGUAUACCUCCAGCAACCAGGCCGGACUCUCCAAGCUGUAUUGCCACCCCAAAUCCUCCUAGCUUGACUGGAGCAGAAUUCUCCUUGGAAGCUAGCAGCACACAGUGAGGCUACACGCGGACAAGCACACAGGAGCACAAGAACAAAUGCAUUGAUUUCUUACAUUCAGUAAUAUUGCACUUUAGGUGCAGGAUUUGAACAAUGACAACAUUUUGUUAUAUUUUGGUGUUAUGCACCGCCAUUAUUUAGAAUUAGAAAUCAAACAGUCAAUAAAUUACUUAAUUGGAGACGUUCUGCAUUUUUUUAAGACGUUUCACAAAAAUGUGACAUUUACAUAACAGUGUAUGCAGUUAUCUCCACUUUUUCAGAUGGGGAGAGAGAGAGGGCGAGAGCGACAAUAGAGGAGGGCACAGGCUUCAGUCACUGCAGCGAGAGUGACAAGAGGGAACUCAGGCAAACCGACUGAGACAAGUGCAACAAGAGGACAAGAGGCCAGAGUUGAGAAGUGUGCAGAACUCAGUGGGACUCUGAAUGGUUGAUGUGAAAGGUUUGAUGCAGGAAAGAACACUGGACUGGAUGUAAAACAUUGAUGGGAAUCUGGUGAAUCCCGAGGACACCACCACCCAUUGAACAACAUGAACGACUCUUCCGCCUGGUCUCUGGAGCCCAUCCUGUCACUCAAUACCUCUCCUAGUCACAGUUCUGCGUUCUCACUCUCAGCCACAUCUACUCAAACCUCUGCCAUUCCGAUCCUCUCCAUGAUGACUCCAAAGCAGUCUGUGUGCUCCUUUGAUGAUGCAGCCCUUCGUCUGCUAUUACCUAUUUUCUAUUCCAUGUUGUUCCUCCUUGGCCUAGUGGGGAACCUUUUCGCUUUGUGGGUCUUUGUUUUUAUUCACAACAGGCGCAACUCUGUGCGUGUGUUUCUCAUCAACUGUGCCGUGGCAGACCUAGUCCUCCUGGCUUGUCUGCCCUUCCGGAUUCUCUACCACAUGAACGGAAACCGCUGGCAAUUGGGACAUGUGGCCUGCAAGCUUGUGGGGAAUCUGUUCUACAUGAACAUGUAUAUUAGCAUCAUACUACUGGGUCUUAUCAGCCUGGACCGCUACUUGAGGUUCCAGGGGACGAGCAGAAUGAGGAGAGGCUCAAGGGCGAGACAAGGGGGGUAUGGAUGGUCGAGGAGUUGGUUGGCAUGCGGAGCAUUGUGGGUCGUGUCACUAGUCGCGCUGGUUCCGAUGAUUGCUACAGCGGAGGACAAAGAGGACAACGACAAAUGCUUCCAAUUCAAGCAGCGGGAUAUCGCAAGGGGGAAAGCCUACUUUAAUGUCGUGUUGGUGGCAUUGUUCUGGCUCGUCUUCCUCAUGCUCAUAGCGUCCUACGCAAAGAUCGCAUGCCGUUUAAUAAAGGUGUCACGUGACAGGCCGGAACUUCCAAAUGCACAAAGAUACGAACGUACUGCCAAAAAAUCCUUCUUUGUCCUCUUCCUGUUCACUCUUUGCUUCGCUCCUUACCAUACCUUCCGGCCCUUCUACAUUCUGUCUCAGCUCGAUUCCACAAUGCCGUGUGACAAGUUGAAACUGGUAGACAGCAUCAACGAGGUCAUGCUGUUAUUCUCAGCCUUCAACAGCUGUUUGGACCCUGUUAUGUACUUUCUUUUGUCUGGCUCAGUGCGCAAAACAGCCCUCCAUACCCUUAAACACCAACUUGGGAGCCGGAUUUCCUAUCUCAACGAAGCCACGUCCAACAGCUCAACAACAGAGUUCCGUAGGCCUUCAGUGCCUUUGACUUUACCAAGUGUAGAAUGAGUUGCGGCCCCAAUAUGAACAUAUCAAUCAAUUUAAUGUACAUUUACUGAAAAAGUGUCCUUGUUGAGCUGAGAAACCAAGAGUACUGUACAUCGAUUGUAAUGACAAGUGCCUGCUGUGUCAAUCAAUAAACA